AUGUAUCGGGCCACCCUGCGGUCUGUCUCAGACCCUUUGCGCGAGCAUGUUUGUCUCUCAUGCUUAGCUCGCGGCCUCGAAGCCCAGCCCUGGGCUCGCCGCUUCCACACCGCGCCCAGGUUGCGCUCCCAGGCCACCGAGACUUCUUCCACUGUCGCCAUUGAAGAGCAGCUGAAGGCACUAGAGAAGAACCUCCCGGAUAGAAGGACACCCACCCAUGUCAAAAAGUCCCUUCGGACGCAAAACUCCAAGUCACCCCAAAAUGCGGAUAAGAAAGCGGUCCGAAAGGCCGCCAAGCAAGAAGCGAUGAAAAUGCGCAAGACGGACCCUGCAAACGAGACUCCGAAGGAGGAGAACAAGCAACCGGAGCCGAAGGACAAGAAGGACCAAAAAGCUCGCGCGCAGCAGAAGACUGCUCCUGACUCCUCAACAUCUCCCAAACCGCAGGUAUUGGCCAACAAACAGUCUACCAAAUUACAGCUUCCUGUUCCGAUCACCGGAAAGGACACCGGAAAGAUCAAUGCAGACCGAGACUCUGUGAAAGCCCUGGAUGUCGAGACCCCCGAAGUCCCGCAACUGGCCUAUGGCCUGGACAGAGUGCUGUUCAACCCGGGAGUCUACCAUCUUCGGGAUCCCCGAUCGCGCGUCUACAAUUUCGAUCCAUACCUUGGCUCCAUUAUGCCUGUCACCGAAUUCGACUUCGAAGCGUUGAAGGAAUACAUCACCUCCUCCAAGGACGAGCAGCUACGGGGCCUGGCGCAGAAGGAGAAGAAGAAGUACAUUGGCUCCUCUUCCAGUAUGACAUCCGUGUUGUCGCACUUCCACUACCUUCUGUCCUACUGGAGAGAGGUCAACAUCCAACAAGUAUCCCGGGGCUUUCAGGAAAGGCUGCGGACCUUCACGCGGCUCUUGCGAGCUCCCUCGGCCAUGUUCCUGCGCUACCAGAACGGCGUCUAUGCCAUCGAUGCCGAUAAGGAGCAUGACACGGCCAACAUUCUCAUGAACCUGGGUAAAUCGAUGGAGAAGCUCUUGACUAUGCCAAAGGAGGAAUUCGAGCGCUAUCGACGAUCCAGCUCCAACAAGAUCUCCGCCGAAGAGGAGCAGGCAGUGCCCGAAGCCUACCACUACUCGACAUACGGCGAUUUCCUGAUGCGUUCACAGUUGGAUGCCUACGACCCGCGGCUCCCCGGCACCGGCAUGUUCGAUCUGAAGACCCGGGCGGUGGCAUCCAUCCGCAUGGACGCCAAGAACUUCGAGCACGGCCUGGGCUACGAGAUCCGGAAAGCCCACGGCACAUACGAGUCAUAUGAGCGCGAGUACUACGACAUGAUCCGGGCCGCGCUCCUCAAGUACUCCCUCCAGGUGCGCAUCGGCCGCAUGGACGGCAUCUUCGUAGCCUUCCACAACAUCGAGCGCAUCUUCGGAUUCCAGUACCUCAGCUUGCCCGAACUAGACAUGGCAUUGCACGGCCAAUACGACACCACUCUGGGAGACCGGGAGUUCCUCCUGAGUCUGCAGCUCUGGAACAAGGUUCUUAACAAGGUCACGGCCCGAUUCCCCAAACAGUCUCUCCGCUUCCACUUCGAGACCCGUGACUCCACGGCCGGACCACCGUACAUGUACAUCUUCGCCGAGCCCGUCACCGACGAGGAAAUCCACGCAAUUCAGACAAAGAACCAAGCCGAAAUCGACGCCUAUCAGCGCCGCGUACUCGACCUCCCCGGUCGCGCCGACGAAGACGACGACACAACAACAACCACCAACGAUACUGAAGACAUCCCCGCCGACUUCGAGUCCUCCAUCUCCGCAGACGACCUGGCCGAAGACUCCGCCACGACCAAGUCCGAGACCUCCCAAGACGAAGCCGAGACGACCCCAAGCAAAGAAAUCAUGGGCUUUGCCCUCACCGUCCGCAACAUCGUGGAUGGCGAAUACGUGGACCGCCCGAUCCAGUUCCAAUCCCCUAACAAGUGGUCCGUGGACUACGAAUUGAACCACCUCGACAGUAACAAGUGCUGGAAACUCUACAACGCGUGCCAGGAACGUCGCCGGAAGGCUCUCUCCGGCCGCGGCGAGGACGAAACUGACGUUGCGGCCAAUACGUAUAUUCGCCGUCUCCGCGAAUACGCCAAGAAAGGUCGCAAGUACCGCAAGGAGCAGAAUAAACUGGAUGAGCAGGAGAAGCUGGUCGUUUUACGCGAUUAA